UAAGCUUAGCUUGGCUUGUCUGCCAUCACAUCCAAACCUGCAUUCCCCGGCCAACUCUCACGCCCUGAAAGGCUGAGAUGUCAUUCUGGUGCGGUGAGCCAUUCUCUCCAUCCAAACCCCUCCUUGUAUUAACACCAUUGCUGCUCUUCACUCGGACCACAACAUCACACACAUAAAUGGUGUAACAAAUACAGGGGCACAAGAACUCGAGCACCAGCCAUUCCAGUUGCCUGGGGUAGGGAGAGAUGAAGGCAAUGUCGGGGCCGAAGCUGCUCCUCGUCCGCCAGCCGUCGAGCAAGUACGGCAAUGGGGCGGUGUCGCCGGCGACGGCCGCGUCCAUGUCCGGCCGCCGGUUCUGGCUCGUCGUGUUCCUCGCGCUCUUCACCUGCGUGUCCAUGCUCACGGUCUUCUCUACGGCGCGCGCGCCGUCCGGGGCGGUGUCGCCGCGGGCCACGUUCGCGGCCAGCGCCGGUGCGGGCAGCGUCGUCGGCGCCUCGGCGGGCGGCGGAGGGCUGCCGGCGUACGUGUUCGACGCGCUGGUGCGGUACGCGGCGGCGGCGGGAGCGAACUCGACGGUGAGCAUGCCGGAGGGGGACGUGCGCGCGAUCGCGGCGGUGCUGCGUCGGCGCGCGCCGUGCAACCUGCUGGUGUUCGGGCUGGGCGCGGAGACGCCGCUGUGGCGCGCGCUGAACCACGGCGGGCGGACGGUGUUCCUGGACGAGAACCCGUUCUACGUGGCGCACAUGGAGGGCGCGCACGGCGGGCUGGAGGCGUACGACGUCGCCUACGCCACCGCCGUGCGCGAGCUCCCGGACCUCCUCGACGCCGCGCGCGCGUCCCGGCGCGCCGAGUGCCGCCCCGUCCAGAACCUGCUCUUCUCCGACUGCCGCCUCGCCAUCGGCGACCUGCCCAACCAGCUCUACGAGGUCGCCUGGGACGUCAUCCUCGUCGACGGGCCCCACGGGUACGCCGAGGGGUCGCCGGGGAGGAUGGCGGCGAUCUACUCGUCGGCGGUGAUGGCGCGGACAAAGGGGACCGUGACGGACGUGCUGGUGCACGACUACGAGCGGGAGGUGGAGAGCGUGUGCGCGCGGGAGUUCCUCUGCGACGAGAACCGCGUGGAGGGGACCACCACGCCGUCGCUCGGCCACUACAUCCUGCGCGGCGGCGCCGCCGCCAACCGGGAGGCCUUCUGCGGGGCGCCACCGUCCACGAAGAAGGCGAACUAGUCGGUCAGGGAAACGACUCUCCAGUUUCGUUCCUCGUACUUCGGUCAGAUGGGUCGGUCUACUGUGGGCGCUUUGGCAUUUUGAUGAUGCACCGUUGCAAAUGUGGUGUGGUCUGGUCUCGAUCGGACAGAAUGACACUUGUGGAAGUGGAACAACUGAAAAAGUGAUUCUUAAGUUCUGUUUC